CGCUGUUUCCUUCUCAUGUACAUCACGUUCGUGACGAGUGUUAUGAUUCGAUCAUCUCACGUGACGCACUUCAUGAAAAAUAGUGUGAAGUUGGCAGGAAGAUGGCUGAUCAGAAUUACGAAAGAGUGGACAGUCCCUCGCGGGGAUACUGCUUCCCAUUCCCUCGCAGAACUACAUUACUUCUCAUUUCUUCGUUCACCGAAGUCAACGAAACGUAGCACUAUGAUGUACGAUAUCAAGUGGAUCAUACCUAAACUUCGAACUCCAACAAGAUUAUGGAACAUAGCGAGUAGCAUAACCUUCGCCGCCGUUGGGAUAUUCUCAAAGAUCAUCAUAGAAUGGCUGAAUAAAGCAUUGGUCUACAACAAACAUAUCAUUAACCGGGCCUUAGAUGAACGACCGAAAAAUGUUCCUCUUAUUACUGUCUCGAAUCAUCACAGUUGUUUCGACGAUCCUGGUAUAUGGGCCACACUGGACCUGAGACAUUUGCUGAAUCGUCGUAGGAUGAGAUGGUCCCUCGCCGCACAUGACAUUUGUUUCACGAAUGUUUGGCAUUCCUACUUCUUUAUGCUUGGCAAGUGCAUACCUGUCAUACGAGGCAAUGGUGUUUAUCAGGAAGCUAUUGACUUCUGCAUCGAAAAGCUGACUUCUGGGGAUUGGAUCCACGUGUUUCCUGAAGGAAAAGUCAACAUGUUUAAGGAAAACAUGAGGUUGAAAUGGGGUAUUGGAAGAUUGAUAUUAGAAUCUCCUGUUACACCUCUAGUAAUUCCUAUAUGUCAUCUUGGCAUGGAUCAAGUACUUCCUAAUGAGCCACCUUAUAUGUUUAAAACGCGAAAAAAGGUUACCAUGAAUUAUGGUAAACCCAUAGAUUUUAGUGAGUUGUUGAGGAAUUUAAAAGAAACUAAAGCAACAGAAAUAGAGGCCAGAAAAGCUAUCACUGAUCGUAUUCAGGAAGAACUUUUGAGGUAAAGCUCUUUCUUUUUCUUUUUUUUUUUCUUUUUUUUAAUUCUCCUAUAAUUUACAGAUUAAAGACAGCAACGGAAAAGCUUCAUGAAAAAUUAUGACAUCAAAUUAAAUUUCACAGAUAAUUUUUUCCUAGCCUUAAUCGCCAGUUGUCGAUAAAAAGAUGGAAAAGUAUCGAUAAUGAUAUACAAUUUAAAUUUCACAUAUCAUUUUACAAAUAUUAACGAAAUGCAAAAUUGGAGAGAAAAAAAACCAUUAAUUAGUAAUUGUAUAAUUUCCAUUUGUUUUUUUUUUUUUUUUUUUUUUUUUUUCUAACUUUCUAUAUUUGUUGAUUACAAAAUUUGCAUAAUAUUUAUCAAUGUAAAUUAUAAUUUUUUUUUUUUUUUUUUAAUCAAUUUAAUAACACACCACUGUGUACAUAUUUAUGCCAAUAAUGACAAAAAGGCGAAUGGAAAAAAUUUAUCGAUAUAUUUAAUCAAAAGCUUCCUAAAUAAACAUUUCUUGAAGAUGCAA